UCUUUUCGAUUUUAGGGGGAUUCCAGGACCCGGCGACCCCCGUCCGUCAUGAGGCUCCUGCGGCUGUUGUCCAGCCGCCUCCCGGCGGGCUCUUCCGCCCCGAGACGCCCGCGCUCCUCAGCUCCGGGAAGCGGCACGCCGUGCCGGUGGGGCGGCCGGCCGCCGCACGCCUCGGCCCGGAGGCGGCUGCCGGGGCCGAGCCCGAGGCCCUUCCGCGCGUCGCAGCCGCUCGCCCCGCCGACGGGCUGGGCCCGAGACGGGCCGGCUCCUCUCCCCCGGCCGGACUCCGAGGAGGCCGCCGAGGAGUGUGACUUUGGGAGCCUGUCCGACAGAUAUUCCUCCAGGAUGGUGUUUCGCAAAACGAGCUCCGAGUUCCACAACCUGAGACUGAAGGAUCGGGAAGACCCGGCGGAGCAAGAGGAGCAGCGGAAGGCGUGGCGGGGCCGGAGGAACACCCCUUACUGGUAUUUCCUCCGUUGCAAGGCUCUGAUAAAGGAAGACAAGCUGGUCGAGGCCCUGGAUCUGUUCGAGAGGCAGAUGCUGAAGGAGGAGCGCCUGCAGCCGAUGGAGAGUAACUACACCGUCCUCAUCGGGGGCUGCGGACGGGCGGGCUACGUCAAGAAAGCCUUUAAACUCUACAACGACAUGAAGAAACGGCGGUUGGAGCCGACAGACCCCACGUACACGGCCCUGUUCAACGCCUGCGCCGAGUCCCCCUGGAAAGACUCGGCCCUGCGGACCGCCCUCAAGCUCCGGCAGCAGCUCCGCCUCAGGAACGUCGAGCUCAACCUCAAAACCUACCACGCCCUGCUCAAAGUCGCCGCCAGGUGCUCGGACCUCCGCCUCUCCUUCGACGUGUUGAAGGAAGUUGUGGGUAAAGGUCACGCUGUCACCGUGGAGACUCUCAACCUCCUCCUCAUGGCCUGCCUCCAGGACAAGAACGAUGGCUUCAGAUACGCGCUGCAGGUCUGGAGAACAAUGUCGAUGUGGGAGAUCAAGCCCGAAGGCCACAGUUAUAACCUGAUGCUGCGGGCCGCCCGGGACUGCGGGACGGGGAACCCCGCGUCGGCUUCCGAUUCGCUUCUGGGCACCGGCGAGAGAAGACCUGCCUCGGUCCAGCCGGGGACGAGGAGACGGGGCCCACCGCGGAGCGGCGCCGUGACCCUCCCGGACGUGGAGUUUCUGGAAGAGCGGAUGUUCCGGGAAAACGUCAGAGAAACCGGGGAACCCCCGACCCUCGCGGAAACGGAAGACGCCGGCCGGGAACGACCGGAGCCGGGAAACGGCCCUUCGCCCAACUCCGGGCCGGCCGGGGGGUCGGUCCCGAGCCGGGGUCGGACUGGGCCGGAGGCGGCGGGAUUCCCGGAGCCCGUCUGCCCCCUGCCGAACUUGCUGGAUGUAGAAUCGCCCCACCGGAACGUAGUGCGUCUGGGCGCGGCCCCCGCCCCGGCCGACAGGCUGGCGUUGAUGGGGGAGGCGGAGGGUUUCCUGGACCGGAUGGAGAAGGACGGCGUGGCGCCCGACAUUAAAACCUUCACGCUGUUGGCCGAGGUGGUGAGGCCCCGGAGCCGGGCCGAAGACGCCCUGUUGGCCCUCCUGGAGAAGCACCGAGUGGAAGCGGACGUGGCGUUCUUUAACGCCUUGGUGAGGAAGAGGAGCAGAAGGAAGGACCUGGAGGGGGCGAAGGAGCUGCUGCUCGUCUUGGCCCAGAGGAAAAUGUGCCCUGACCUGCAGACCUUCUGCAACCUCGCUAUAGGUUGCUCCAGGAAGAAGGAUGGGCUGCAGUUACUCAAGGACAUGAAGGAGGUGGGGAUGCACCCCAACGCCCACGUGUACGGCACCCUCAUCGACGCCGCGGUGAAGCGGCUGGACUACGCCUACCUAAUAGCCGUCCUGCGGGACAUGAGGCGGGCCCGGGUCCCCGUCAACGAAGUCAUCGUCCGCCAGCUGGAGUUCGCGGCCGCCUACCCGCCCAAGUUCGACAGGUACAGGGAGAAGAACACCUACUUGGAAAAGGCGGACGGCUUCCGCGCCUACUACAAGCGGUGGCUGCAGGUGAUGCCGGGAGAGGAGACCCCCCACCCUUGGCAGAGGUUCAGGGUCAAGCCCGACGGCGCCGGCCGGACCCCCCCGCCCGCGGAAGAACGGUGAGCGGACGAGAAGGGACGGAGACGGGUCGGCCCCGGGGGCCGCCGCCACGCCUCCUGCCCUCCGGCCCCGGCCGGAGCUCCGCGAGCUGACGUCCCAAGCGUCUGUAGGACCCGGACGGCCGCCUCGAAUAAAAAAGUUACCGUGCGA